AUGGCCUCCCCCAACAGCCAUGCUGCGUCAUCAGCAGCAGCAGCAGCGUCACGCCCCGCCCACACUCUCCGCCUACUCGACGGCUUUCAGAUAGCCCUCGGCCGCCGUCUCAACGGCAACGCCACGGCCAUCGGCCGCGUCUAUGAGACCGAGCUGCCUCACACCGGCGGCGCCAGAUCGUCAGCGCUGAAGCUGUUUGUCCUGCCCAGCAACCACGCGGACAAGAGGGAGCGGCUGAUCAAGGAGGCCGAGAUCGAGAGGGGUGCUGGGCAAGUGCGGCGAGGACUCGCUCCUCGUCGGGAUAUACGAGCCCCACUGCCACACCGACCCCAGCAUCCCCGACACGCUCGUCAUCGAGCAUCAGGACGGCCACGUGAGUGAGGAGGAGUGUCUGCUCAUUGCUCUACAGCUGUUGGCAGGUGAGGGGGCGAUGCAUGCAGACCAAUACACGAUUCAUGCACACAUGGACCUCUCUGUGUCUCUCUUUUCUGUGUUAGGCAAGGAGUGGCAGCCGGUCGACGACCUCCUGAAGGAGCACAGCUUCAGCAAGCUGGCUCAGCUGAAGGAGAACGAGGCCGUGAAGGACCCCAAGGACAUCGGCAAGAAGCUGCAGAGCCUUCUCGGGCUGCGGCUGUACGUGAGGUGCCAUCGCGCGGUGGUGCAGUUUGGCGUGCUGGCCCUGGACAAUCUCUCCAAGGCUGUCCUCUUAAGAAGUGCUUCCUGGAGAGGCUCGAGGUGCCCGGCAGCUGCCGUGAGUGUGGCCAAACUGGACACCAUUUUGCCCACACAUGAAAGAGGUCAGCCAUCCAGCCACAAUUGCUUGAACCAGAAAGGACUGUUCGUGUCUGUAUUGUUUGGUUCAGGUUAA